UGGGUCAAAUCUUUCCUGUCCAACCGCUCCCAGAAAGUCGCUGUUGAUGGUCAUUUUUCCAGUGAACUUCCUGUACUGUCUGGAGUUCCCCAGGGGUCUGUUCUUGGGCCAUGUCUCUUCCUGGUAUAUAUCAAUGACUUACCAGAUUCCGUCAAAUGUAACGCAAGAAUGUUUGCAGAUGACACCAUAAUAUACCUUACCAUCAACUCCAUUUCAGAUAGUAUAUCUCUGCAACAAGACCUGAUUAGCUUAGAAACCUGGGAGAAGACAUGGUCCAUGGAGUUCAACCCGGACAAGUGUGAAGUCCUUAGAAUUUUUAGAAAGAAAAAUCCUGUAGUCUACCCCUACAAACUUCACAACAUAGAGUUAAAAACUUGUGAGGCAGCUAAAUACUUAGGCAUAACCAUUUCCAAAGAUCUAAACUGGUCCAAACACAUUGACAGUAUCACUUCCAAAGCAACUUCCACUCUUCGCUUCAUACAACGAAAUGUCAAAACUGAUAAUAAAAAGGUCAAAAUUGCUGCCUAUAACACCUAUGUCCGCCCUCAACUUGAAUACUGUUCAAGCGUCUGGCAUCCUUGGCAAAAAACCCUCACUAGCAAAGUCGAAAAUGUCCAAAGGUCAGCUGCUAGGUACGUCAUGUAUGACUACAGUUACACCAGUAGUGUUACACAAAUGCUGAAAACCUUAGAAUGGAAUACACUCCAAUAUAGAAGGUUACACAAUUCAUUAGUAAUGUUUUAUAAAAUAAGGACCCAGACAGUUGCAGUCGACCAAUCUCAUCUUAUUCCAACUAGAAACCUAAAUUACUUAAUCCCCAUGUCUCACACUCAGUACUUUUCUAACUCCUACUUCCCUAGGACCAUCCGACUCUGGAACUCCCUACCAACUCAUGUUAAAUCUAGCCCCAGUCUCAGUAUCUUUAGAGACAGGCUGGCGGUGGUCAGUAUGUAAUUCUGUUGCCUCUGUCCCAUUUUAACUGUAGCAUACUGUCUUUUUUAGCUUUUAUUCUUUUAACAUUGUAACAUAUCAGUUCUUUAACAACUGUUUCUCUGACAGCGCCGCCCAGUGAUAGUCGGAAAUCGACGGUUGGGUGAAAGAUGUAGAUGUAGAUAAAGUGUGACGUCCAUGGCUCACCACUAUUUGCAGUUCUAUGGCAUAGGAGAGAAACAUGCACAGAUACAUUUUGAUAAUGCAGCUGGACAGAACAAAAACAACUGUGUCAUUUGGUAUGCAGUAUGGCGCACUUUAAUUGGACUACAUGAGACUAUUGCAUUGAGUAUGUUGGUGGCAGGUCACACGAAAUUCGCUCCAGAUUGGCAUUUCGGUGUGUGGAAAGUAAAGUGGAGAGAUUCCAAUGCAGAAACAAUGACCCAAGUGGCUGGCACUGUGAGAGAGUCAUCAAGAGGUGGUCACAAUGUUCCACAAUUAGUUGAUGAUACUGACAAACCUGUUGCUUUUGACAGCUGGAAGCCAUUUCUUGAACAGUAUUUUAAACCUGUUAAACAAUUGUCCAAAUACCAUCAUUUCUUUUGUAGUUCAGUUGAACCGGGUGUUGUAUAUUGCAAGGAAUAUUUCGAUUCUGAAGAAGUUAGCGUAAAUAUACUGAAGCAAGUGCCUGAGAAAAAUGCAAUGCCUGUAGUAAAAGCUUUUCCAGGUUUGAAUGCAGCCCGUCAGUGGUAUUUGUAUGAACAAAUUGGUCAGUUCUGUAAAUCUGAUCUUGCAAAAGAUGUUGUUUGCCCGAAACCGUGUGUUCCAAAAAUAGAAAUUAAACUUGAUACAGAUUGUGAUGUAAAAGUCGGUGGUAAGAGAAGGAAUAAUUUAUUGACAUGAGACUUCAUUUUCCAAGAUAGGAAAAUUUCUUUUGCCAUGAGCUAGAUGCCAUAUUCACUUAAUGCUUCAAAAGCAUAGUAUCUAUAUGAAUGAUCAAUACACAUAUAAUUAUGAAAAAAUUUUUUGGAAUACAUAUUUGUUGUUAGACAAUAGUAUUUUAGUUACUUUUGAGAAUGGGCAAUAUUUAUCACAAGUUCUUAGGUGUGUUGUACUUGAAGUCAUAGAAACUGUACUCUACUUUGAACAGAAAUUUUAAAGAUUAUGUUUUGUAGACAUUGUUUCAAAUUUAAAUGCAUGUGUUAAUUUCUCAGUCACAAUGUUAGUCUUGAAAAUCAAAAAGAAAUACAGAAAUACUCUCUGCUUUCUAGGCAACAAGAAAUAUUUUAUAAGUAAUGUAAAUGUGUAUGUUAACAUUUAUUUGCUUGAAUUAUUUUUAGCUCACCUGUUACAAAGUGACAAGGUGAUCUUUUGUGAUCGCGCGGUGUCCGUCCGUCCGUCCGUAAACUUUUGCUUGUGACCACUCUAGAGGUCACAUUUUUCAUGGGAUCUUUAUGAAAGUUGGUCAGAAUGUUCAGCUUGAUGAUAUCUAGGUCAAGUUCGAAACUGGGUCACGUAUCUUUGAAAACUAGGUCAGUAGGUCUAAAAAUAGAAAAACCUUGUGACCUCUCUAGAGGCCAUAUAUUUCAUAAGAUCUUCAUGAAAAUUGGUCAGAAUGUUCACCUUGAUGAUAUCUAGGUUAAGUUUGAAACUGGGUCACGUGCCUUCAAAAACUAGGUCAGUAGGUCUAAAAAUAGAAAAACAUUGUGACCUCUCUAGAGGCCAUAUAUUUCAUGAGAUCUUCAUGAAAGUUGGUCAGAAUGUUCACCUUGAUGAUAUCUAGGUCAAGUUUGAAACUGGGUCACGUGCCCUAAAAAACUAGGUCAGUAGGUCAAAUAAUAGAAAAACCUUGUGACCUCUCUAAAGGCCAUACUUUUUAUGGGAUCUGUAUGAAAGUUGGUUUGAAUGUUCAUCUUGAUGAUAUCUAGGUCAAAUUUGAAACUGGGUCAACUGCGGUUAAAAACUAGGUCAGUAGGUCUAAAAUUAUUAAAAUCUUUUGACCUCUCUAGAGGCCAUAUUUUUCAAUGGAUCUUCAUGAAAAUUGAUCUGAAUGUUCACCUUGAUGAUAUCUAGGUCAGUUUCGAAACUGGGUCACGUGUGGUCAAAAACUAGGC